AUGAACGUCUUGCACCGAUCCCAAUCUACAAACAACUUGCGCACACAUAUCAAAUCCCACUUCGAGGCCGAGGAUGAUGUUCUGGGGAAGGGAGACAAGGGCGGCCGUGUGAGCCAGAAGGAACAGGAUGAAGCGAUCAGCUGGAUGGACGGGUGCUCUAAGGCAGACUAUUCCUCAACGAACAAUCUUCACUCACAUUUGCAAAUCCACAAGGAGUUUGUUGCUAAGGGUGGCAACGAAGGGGGACGUGCCACUCAAAAGCAGAUUGAUCGUGCAAGCAGCUGCUGUUUUGUGGGUCUGGUCGACGUCGAGAUUGGCAAGUCUCUCGAGGAUAAGCCGUCACAACAAACAGAAAGUGCAAGCGUCGAGAGCCAAUUCAGACAAUUCUGA